GAAAGAUCAAAAGGUGCAAAGAGAGAGAGAGAGAGAGAGAGAGAUAUAUAUAUCUGAGAAAAAGACUGGACCCUCUUCAGGUUACUUAAAUAUACUUUGACAAGAUAUCUUUGAUCCUUUGCUGCCGCUUCUGCUCUCUCUCUUUCUCUCUCUCAGCUGACCUUUUCUGCAAGUAAGGAUUCUACUUAGGACUUCAAAAAAAUUGAGGUUCCCUUUCAGUUCUUGCUAGAAUGGUAUGAGGUCGUCUUACAUGGCGAGCCAUAGAGUUGGGGAGACUGGUUUAUCAGACUCAGGACCUACAAACCACCAUGUUCCUUAUGCAGUUUUUCAUGGAAUUAAUGCUCCUUCCACAAGUUUUCUCAACCAAGAAGGAUCUGCUUUUGAUUUUGGAGAGCUAGAAGAAGCAAUUGUGCUGCAAGGAGUUAAGAUAAGAAAUGAUGAAGCUAAAGCACCUUUAUUCACAGGCAGGCCUGCAGCUACUCUGGAAAUGUUCCCUUCAUGGCCAAUGAGAUUUCAAACUACCCCAGGAGGAAGUUCAAAAUCAGGAGGAGAGAGCACAGACUCAGGAUCAGCAGUAAACACUCUUUCAAGCAAAGGUGACUUAGCUGAGGCCCAGUUGGAACCAGAAUCUCCCAUCAGUAAAAAGGCAUCUUCCUCAGAUCAUCAGGCUUUUGAUCAGAAGCAUCUGCAACAGUUUCAACAGCAACAAUUACACCAAGAGAUGGCAAGUGAUACUUCAAGAACGGGAACAUCACAAAAUCAAUCUGCUGCUGGCAAAGCACCUAUGGACAAGAGAAAGGGAGCUGGUUCAACAUCAGAGAAGCCACUUGAUGCUAAGACAUUGAGACGUUUAGCUCAAAACAGAGAAGCUGCAAGGAAAAGCCGUUUAAGGAAAAAGGCUUAUGUACAACAGCUAGAGACAAGUCGAAUAAAGCUUGCUCAGCUUGAACAAGACCUUCAAAGAUUGCGCUCUCAGGGACUGUACUUGGGUGGUUCUGGUGCUGGUGGUGGAAAUAUCAGCUCUGGAGCUGCAAUGUUUGACAUGGAAUAUGCAAGGUGGCUAGAAGAUGAUCAUAGGCACACAUCAGAGCUUCGGACUGGGUUACAGGCACAUUUAUCAGACAGUGAUCUUAGACAAAUUGUUGAUGGAUGUAUUUCUCAUUAUGAUGACAUGUUCCGGCUUAAGGCAGUGGCUGCCAAAUCUGAUGUUUUCCACCUUAUUACCGGAGUUUGGACUAGCUCCGCCGAGCGUUGCUUCCUCUGGAUGGGUGGUUUUCGACCCUCUGAACUCAUCAAGAUGUUAAUAGGCCAAUUAGACCCAUUGACAGAACAGCAAGUGAUGGGGAUUUACAGCCUCCAACAGUCUUCAAACCAGGCUGAGGAGGCUCUAUCCCAGGGCGAGGAGCAGCUCAAACAGUCUCUUGUGGACACAAUUGCUGCCGGUCCGGCCCUCGAUGGUGGCAUGCAACAGAUGGCUAUGGCCUUAGGCAAGCUAUCCAAUCUUGAAGGCUUCGUACGACAGGCUGAUAAUUUGAGACAGCAAACCCUUCAUCAACUGCGUCGAAUAUUGACGGUUCGACAAGCAGCAAGGUGUUUUCUUGUAAUUGGGGAGUACUAUGGCAGACUAAGAGCCCUUAGUUCUCUUUGGGCUUCAAGACCAAGAGAGACCAUGAUGACUGAAGAUAACUCAUGCCAAACCACCACGGAUUUACAAAUUGUUCAACCUUCGCAUAAUCAUUUCUCAAGCUAUUGAAUGAGAAUCCAUUAGGCACAAAAAGAUGACCCAAUGAAAAGAAGUCCUUAAUUAACUCUUGCUUUCAUGGAGGAGCCGCCGUUAGAUAUCUUCAAGCUACUUUAGAGGAGGAUAGGAAAUUUCUUCUUCUUUUUUAUCUUCUGCUUUUUUUUAGUAUCUUUAUAUAUAAUACUAUGUUAUCUUGUACAUAUAAUUAAAUGAAUAUUAUAUCUCUCUAUUUGCUUAAACAAUGAGAAAAAAAUGGAAAAGUUUGAGUAUAUACACCAUAAUAAAUUGAGCA